AUGUCCCUGAGGGAGCUGGAUCCCUUGGCUUCAGAGAUCCUUGAAGAGUUCAAAGCCUGGGCAGACGAGGAGUUCGGUGGUGUCCGGGCUGCGUUCGAAAUCUUGGACGAGGACAAGUCGGGCGGCUUCACGCAGCGGGAGUUCGUGAAGAUGCUCCGCUCGUAUGGCUUUCGCGGCGACUGCAAAGCGCUUUUUAACACUCUCAGUGGUGGCGGCCUGCAGGACAGUGUGACGUUGCAGGAUAUUGCGUUCCUUGACCUUUGGGACGACGAAGAAGACGCCUCCGAGGACGAACAGAAGCCGGAAAAGCUUGAACAGGUUGCCCCGAAGAAGCCCCCGAGGAUCUCACCGCGAUUGCAGGAGCUUGCUCGCACAAGAAAGCCACGGCUGCCGAUGCUGUCCGAUAGCUCCAAGUCAACGCUGCAGAGCGGAUGGACCACAACUACAAGCCUCUCCAAGCCUCUGAUGCUGAAGUCGACUUAUGGAAGUCUGCCAGGUUUGGGCGGUUUGAAGGCUUUCAGCCGCACAGAGUCCGACUUCGGUGCCACUUCGUUCUUCUUUCAUGAGCUGCCACGGACCACCUUGCGCAAGAUGCGGGUGCAGGCAAUCAAGGACGAAAUCCUCUGCGAGGAUCAGAUCAGUGAGGAUGUGCAGGAGCUUUCGGUGAACCUGGCA